AAAAUGACUAGAUGGAAAUAUUUGAUAAAAUGUGUAAAAGAAUUCUGUCUUCAAACUAAUAUAAAUGGAUUCAACCAUAUCGCAAUGCCUAGAAGACAUUGGUUGGAAAGAGUAUUAUGGGUUUUGAUAUCUGGUUCCGCUAUAUGGGGUGUUGUGGAAGUCUCUCUAGGUCAGUUCCAAAGGUACAAUGAGAACCCCACUGUAGUUACAUUGGAAAAGGACUUCCGAUCUUGGCGUUUCGCUCUACCAGGUGUGACAAUAUGUGAUCAGGAUCGAGUGAACCCAGAGAAGAUGGUUCAAGUAAUCAAGAAACAUUGGCAAGUAAAACCUGGAGACAACAAGUAUGCUUAUUACAGCCGCUUCGUGACCACUGUCGCUAACUCUGACCUGUUCCAUCUAGACGGAUACCAGGAGUUCAUGCAUGAUGAGGAGCUGGAUGUGGAUUUGUACCAACUGACUAUUGAUGUAUCACCUGAACAACAAGUGAAGACGACCUGGUCUCGGGAUAUCACCGCAAAAUGGACACCGGUUAUGACAGAAGCCGGCGUAUGUUACAGUAUAAACUCGGUAGCAACUGCAGAUGUCGCUAUUAAUAACACAGGAAUUGUAACUUUUGAUCCAUUUACAUGUAAAUAUUCAUCUCUAAGCUGUUACGUUAUGUUUGAAUCUCCAAAACCAAUUGAUAUUUACGUUCAUUCUCCAUAUGAUAUCAUGGAAUUAACAAGUCUCGUAUCUCGGACAUUCUUAACACUGAACCGUAUAACUGAACUCAGCGUAAUGGAGACACGAACUGGUAGAGAAGUUAGGAUUCUUCGUCCGCAGCGAAGAAGAUGUUUGUAUAACGACGAACCUAUGGGUAAAGACAGGCAGGUGUAUAGUACAAAUACAUGUCGUCUUUCCUGUCGUAUUAAACUUGCAUUACAAUUGUGUGGAUGUCGACCUUUCUACUAUUUCUAUGCAGAGAGCAAGCCGUGUGACGUUGCCGGCAUGUGGUGUCUGGCGGGUCAUAGCCAGCAACUCGCCAAUUUUGGCGGAGUACGUUGUGUUUGCAAUCAACAAUGUGUCGACGCUGUAUUCAGAGAGAUAUCCAUUGUGGAUCAGCUCUGGGAUCGUGGACCCUUCCAGAAUCGUGCUGCCGUCAGAUUCACAGUACAGGCACCAAGAACUAGAUAUACUAGAGAGAUUGUUUUCCAUUUUGAAGAUUUAGUCGUAUCGUUCGGUGGUGCUGCAGGACUCUUUUUAGGGGCUAGUUUUAUUAGUUUUGUUGAAAUCUUCUAUUUUAUUUUAGACAAGAUUAUCAAAGCUUUCCAGAAGAAAAGUAACAUAAUGGUUGCAAGAUCCUUUAAAAACGGAAAUAGAAUUAUGGUUAAAUCUAGAAUUAAUCUGAGAAAGAGUCAGUUCCGUUUAAAUUAGUCACUUAAAAAAAUCAUGACUACGGAUUUAUCAAUUGAUUUUUAUUAGAACUUGAAUCAUUUUACUUACAAAUCCAUCCUCAAAUACUAUACUAUUGAAAAACAAACCUUAUUUCCUUUACAAUAAAAUCGAAAAUCAUCUUUACAAAUAUUGUAUGAACAAACCAGACAACUUAGUAACUCGAUGACAUCAUUUAUCCAACAAAAAUAUGACUACAAUCAACCAAAUAAUUCUAAUUCGAAUUUGAUAUCUAAUUCAAUAGUUUUAAAGUAUAAAUUCCUUUGUUUCUCUAUGACGUCGAAUCAGGCGUGGCUUAUGUUGUACAAAACAGUCCUUGAUUACUAUCAUUUCUAAGAAACCUUGGUUCUUAUCAAUAUGAUAAAUGGCGACCGUUAAAUUUUAUUACUACAUAACCGUAACUAGCCAUGGAAUACAGGAUUGUUGAAACCUAAAAAGAUCCUGACUACUAAGGGAACAUACCCAUACUACGUGACCUAUUUUUUAGUUUUUUCGACCCCUCCCUCCCCUCGGUGACCAC